AUGUCGUUCCUCUUUGGACGUCGUCCCCGGACCAACACAGUCGAUUUGUCUAAGCUGGCAAAGGAUCAAAUAUCAAAGCUCGAUGGACCAGCCGGAGCUGCAAAGGCAGAGGAGUUGGCAAAGACGCUGGGGCAGAUGAAGUUUGUUCUGCAAGGCAAUCAAGAGACCGAACCGAUUCCGGAGCAAAGCUAUGCCCUUGUGACGGGUAUGAUCCAAGAAGACCUCCUAUACCUGCUCGCAGUCAACCUCUGCCGAUUGCCCUUCGAGUCGCGAAAAGAUACGCAGGUCAUAUUCUCCCACGUCCUGCGAUUCCGUCCUCCGACUGCCUCCUCGAAGAGCGAGCCUCUGGCACUGAGCUACGUGAUCAACAACCGGCCCGAGGUUCUGGUCGAGCUAUGCAAUGGGUAUGACCACAAAGAGAGCGCGACUCCGGCAGGGACCGUCUUGAGAGAGGUCCUAAAGAGCGAUGCGGCUGCGGCGAUUAUACUGUACGAUGACCAAUCUGAAGGAAACGCCGGUCCGAAUAAGGGAUUGAGUGGCAUAAAUCCAGAAUUGAGGCAGAGUGGGAAUGGCGUUUUCUGGAAGUUCUUCAAGUGGAUUGACCAAGGCUCCUUUGAGGUCGGCGCGGACGCUUUUACAACUUUCAGAGAAAUCCUGACCAAACACAAGCAACUCGUGGCCCAGUACUUGUCCACGAAUUUCGACCUGUUCUUUGAUAAGUACAAUAAUGUUCUUGUCAAGUCAGAAAGCUAUGUAACCAAGCGCCAAUCGAUAAAGCUACUAGGCGAGAUCCUUUUGGAUCGUGCCAAUUACGCUGUCAUGACCGCUUACGUUGACCGAGGAGAGCACUUGAAGAUUUGCAUGAACCUCCUGAGAGACGAGAGAAAGAUGGUGCAAUACGAAGGAUUCCACGUAUUCAAGGUCUUCGUCGCCAACCCUCACAAGUCGAUUGCAGUGCAGAAGAUCUUACUCAUCAACCGAGAGAAGCUUCUUACCUUUUUGAAGGAGUUCCUGCAAGAUCGAACCGAGGAUGAGCAGUUCAUUGACGAGAGAGAGUUUUUGAUCAAGCAGAUCAAGAACAUGCCACCAACACCUAUCGAACCGUCGCAGAAGCCGGCGUUAUUAGGCUCUCAAGGACGCUGA